AAAAAGGAAAAAAAAGAGGUGAAGAUGGGAAGAAAGUGGUGAAAUUGUGAACCUCUGAUCUUAGAGCACCAUCUGUGUAAAUCCCAAAGAUCUGGUCCAUGAUAGAAGGACGACAUAGAGCAGCACAAAACCCUUGGGCUUGGAUAUGCCAUUCCUCAAUUUCUACUGUAGUUUUUGAUACACAUAAUUAGCCAAAAUAGGAAGCUGUGUCUCGAAGCCCGCUCCUUCACGGGGAGCCUCGUCGGUGGUGCAGAGGCUCUCUCAAAAUCAAAAUCAGCUACACCAAUCUCAAUCCCAACCACCACCACAAGUCGCUUCCUUGUUGGAUUCCCAGAAUUCCACCAAGAUGAAGAGCCUCUUCAAGCCCAAGCCACGAACACCCGUCGAUAUUGUUCGUCAGACCCGCGAUCUUCUUAUCUAUACAGACCGGAACCCUGAUACUAAGGAGACCAAGCGGGAGGAAAAGCAGAUGUUAGAAUUAAGUAAAAACGUUAGGGAGUUGAAAUCAAUACUUUAUGGAAACAGUGAAUCCGAACCAGUUGCAGAAGCAUGUGCACAGCUAACCCAGGAGUUUUUCAGAGAGAAUACACUUCGGCUUCUCAUUAAAUGUCUUCCUAAAUUGAACUUGGAGACACGGAAAGAUGCUACUCAAGUAGUUGCAAAUCUACAGAGGCAACAGGUCCAGUCCAGAUUGAUUGCAUCUGAUUAUUUGGAAGCAAACAUUGAUCUGAUGGAUGUCUUAGUAGCAGGUUAUGAAAAUACAGAGAUGGCUUUACACUAUGGCGCCAUGCUACGGGAAUGCAUACGUCACCAAAGUGUUGCUAAGUAUGUUUUGGAAUCGCAGCACAUGAAGAAGUUUUUUGAUUAUAUUCAACUUCCAAAUUUUGACAUCGCUGCAGAUGCUGCUGCAACUUUUAAGGAAUUGUUGACGAGGCAUAAAUCUACGGUAGCUGAAUUUCUUUCCAAGAAUUAUGACUGGUUUUUUGCGGAGUACAAUUCGAAGUUGCUUGAGUCAACUAAUUACAUUACUAGACGGCAAGCAGUGAAGCUGUUGGGGGAUAUACUGCUGGAUAGGUCAAAUUCAGCUGUGAUGACACGCUAUGUGAGUUCUAGAGAAAAUUUGAGAAUCCUCAUGAAUCUUCUCAGGGAGUCGAGCAAGAGCAUACAGCUAGAAGCAUUUCAUGUUUUCAAGCUUUUUGUUGCAAAUCAAAACAAACCCGCCGACAUUGUUGGCAUUCUCGUCACAAACCGAAGCAAGCUUCUAAGGCUGUUUGCUGAUUUCAAAACUGAUAAAGAGGAUGAGCAAUUUGAGGCUGACAAAGCUCAUGUUGUUAGAGAAAUUGCUGCCCUUGAACCAAAAGGACCAUGAGAAAGAGGGAGAUUCUUAUAUGAAUGUGUUGUAUUUUUUUUUGUUUUUGUUUUGUUUUCUCCUCUUUUCUGUCCAAUUUGGAUGUCAAUUAUAUAGCUCAGUCAGCUCUCCAAAUGAUGACUUUGAUUAAAUGCUUUACAACACUAAUAAUGGGCUUUUUAUAUAUAUAUUUUUCGCCUUUUCUAUGUAUUUUAA